AUGGUUUUAAAUUUAAAUGAAACAAGUAAUGACAAACAAUGUGACAAUACAGAUAGAAUUGAGGUCAUUGACGAGUGCAUUAUGACAGAAGAUGGUUUCUUACAAAGUAUAGAUCCUUCUGAUGCAACUGAGUUUUUCGUGCCAGUCGCGAAUGACGUUGCUGUAGUGGACCUAGAAACAGUAGGUGAAACAGGUGUAGAGAGCGGAGAUAGAAAUGACGAGCAAACAAGGGGAUAUUUUGAAGAAAAUCAGAUGGAGACUGAAGAUGAAGCAACAGAAAUUGAAGAAGAAAUUUGCGGUUUUCAAGAAAACCAAAAUGCCAUAGAUUAUGAAAUUGAUACUGUCAUGGAUGAAUCUGAUGCAUACAUACCUGAAGAGCAUUCUGAAAGUAGUGAUGAUGCACCUUCUGAUUUAGAAAAUCAGGAUCCCAGAGAAGAAAGAGGCCAAAUUGGAGAUGAAACUGACGUUGUGGAAGAUGUGGAAAACAAUAAUGAAGGACCACCCAGGAAAAAAAGAAGACGUGUUUAUUUGAAGCAAGAUGCAACAUACUUGCAAAAUAAAAAGAACAGGGAACUUGGCAGGGCUUAUCAGAGCAAAAAAAAGGUAGACAAUAAGUGGAAUUACAAUAUUGAAAAACCCGGAAAACAGAUGAAAAAUGGAUGUUCGUGCAAAUUGGGAAAAGCAAACUCAGUUUUGAAAUGUUCCGAAGUCAUACAGAAAUAUCGUCAAGAAAUAUUUGAUAAGUUUUGGAAAAUGACUUGGCCUGAAAAGAAGCAAUACGCAGUAGGUCUCAUUUCCUUAGAACAGGUAAAAAGACGACGGGGCACAACCGAAAAUAGUAGAAGAAAUUAUUCAUAUAAGUACUACUUAAAAUGUAGCAAUUUAAAAACUUACAGAGUAUGUAAAAAGAUGUUCACAAGAACUUUGGGGGUCUCAGAAAAUGUUGUAUUGCUUUGGUUAGAAAAGAACAAUAGCAUGACUCAAGAUAACGACGAAGAGAGAGUUGAAAGACCUCGAAGAGAAAAUGAAAAGACAAAAUCAAUUAACCAGCUGAAAAUCUUUUUCACGUCUCUUUCUAAGAUGGAAUCGCAUUAUUGUCGCGCUUCCACAAGCAAAUUAUAUUUAGAGCCCUUGUGGCAAAGCAAAAGAGAAUUAUUUCGUUUUUAUAAAAAUACUUGGUGUGUAGAGCAGAAUGCACAAGCUACCAAAAAAGACCAAUGCGAUAUCUGCAUGGGCUAUAAAACUAAAAAUAUCUCUGAUGAAAUAUACCAAGAACACUUGGCUUUAAAAGAGGAAGCAAGGAGUGAAAAAAGCAGGGAUAAACUGUCCGAGAAUGAUGUAGUCCUGACAGUAGAUUUGCAAUCAGUAUUACUUGCCCCGAAAUCCAAAGUAUCACUAAUGUAUUAUAAGACCAAGCUUGCUGUGCACAAUUAUACUCUUUAUGACAUAAAAUCAAAUGAUGGCUAUUGCUUUUUAUGGAGCGAAGUUGAGGGUUCCCUAGGUGCGAAUGAAUUUUCAAGUAUACUUACCUAUUUUAUUGAAAACAUGAUUUUACCAAAAAUUGAUAAGAGCUUAGCUAAAAUUAUACUCUGGAGUGACGGCUGUGUAGCCCAAAACAGGAACAAUGUGUUGUCCAAUGCACUUUUGAAUAUUGCAAUUAAACAUAAUGUUGUGAUUUUACAAAAAUUUCUCUACAAAGGACAUACCCAAAUGGAGGCUGAUUCCAUGCAUUCAGUCAUUGAACGUCGUUUGCGAAAUCGAGAUAUCAACGUUCCAGCUGACUACGUCCAAUAUUGCAGUACAGCACGUCUGAAUCCUAGACCCUAUUUUGUUAAAUAUUGCACAUUUAAUUUUUUCAAAAAUUUUGAUGGUGUUAGGUUUCACAACUCAAUCAGACCUGGACGUAAAGCCGGUGAUCCAGUUGUUACAGAUCUAAAGCAGAUAAGAGUAGUUCAACCGAAAAUGGGAAAAAAUAGACGCAAGAAACAUCGAACAUCUUCAUCCUCAAGUAGCCGAGCUAGCAGAUCGCCGAAGCGACGAAUGCUGGACCAUCAUAGGAACCGCUCUAGGAGCCAUGAGGUUCAGGAUUUCCAUCAAGAAAUCGCAGAUAUGCAAAAACGGCUAGAUGAAUUGAAGAGGUCCAGAAACGUUAAAAACGAAAAUGUAGAACGUAUGAGCCAAAAUAGGAAUGUCCGCGACUCCCGAAGUCCGGCAUCCCAUCAUUUUUCAGUCCGAGACUCGAGAAGUCCGGCUACCCCUGAAAAAAGAGUCCGAGGCUCGAGAAGCCCGGCUUCAUCUCAAAUAAUAAACCUGGUCGAUAAUGAUCCACUGGAUCAAGUACCCGAAUGCUGGGGCGAAGAUCCAGAGGUUGGUAAAAUCAAUUAUUUUGAUCUACACCCGCAACUCACAAAAAGGGUUAACUAUAUCGCAUCAAAUGGGCUGGAUAAAGAGACACAAAACCAUCUGGCCAAUAAAUACCCUUCCCCAAAAGGUGUCCAUAUUGGCCCCCCUAUAUUGAACCCAGAAGUGGUUGCCACUAUGGGGCCAACGGGUUUGACCAAAGAUAAAUUUCAAAUAUCUUUUCAAGAAGAGAAUGCUAAAGGCAUCUCUAACCUUCUUUAUGCAGUCAAUAAAUUAAUCAAUGACGAAAGGGAAGAGGUGCCCAAAGCCGAAUACAUUGAGUUACUGAGUGACACCACACGACACUACACAAAUCUCCAGCACAAGCUUUCUCUCCAACGUAGGUCUUUUAUCAACCAAAAUUUAAAUAAAUUGGUUGUUGACCUCUCGGUGACAACACCUGUGGAUACUUUUCUUUAUGGAGAAAAUUUGGGGGAACGAAUUAAAACAGCAAAGGCUGCAGAAAAGGAAGACGGGGUGAAAUCCUCGACAGGGCCAGAGGGACUAUCACCCAUCGAACCGCCCCCAGCAUCAAGUUUUAGCAAGAUCCAACCCUCGGAACUACCCAAACAAAACUUACUACAAAACACAGAGGAAAAGCAAGUAAAGGCAAAAAAAAACAACGAAAUUUCUGAAUCCGCCGGGAAGGAACCUCAACCAGGCUGUAGUUAUCAAAAUACGGAUAUCGCGUCUUGUUCUCCUAAUUUUGACAAUGAUGAGGAUGAGGAUCAAUUAAUGGAAACGGAUAAUAUUGAUGUUGAUGUUGAGUCGGAAGCAGAGCGAGCUAUCGAUAUUAUGCCGACUUCAGCAGCCAAAAAACAAGGGCCUUCAGGAUCGAAAAAAAAAGACAAAAAAAAAUUUGUCGCAUCCUGGUGUCAAAUGCCUAUUUUUCAGGGAUGGUUAGAAAAAUCCUCGAAAGCCCCAAAUCAAGACAAAAAUGAAUUCGCCUUCUGCAAAGUGUGCCAAAUGGAUAUAGUUGCUCAUAAAAGUGUUCUUGUAAGCCACUCAAAAACUGAAAAACAUAAAUUAAAUUAUCUUCGAGGAGCUAAAAAUACAAAAAUCGACGACCUUUUUAAGGGGAAAACUGCAAAUGACGUAUCGGUUAAAAUAGCUGAAUUGAAACUAUGUUCAAUGUUGGCAACUAAUGAUCUUUCGUUUUUAUUAAUGGACACAUUAACUCCGCUGCUAAAAAAUGUCUUUCCAGAUUCCAAAAUUGCUCAAGACAUUCAAUUGAAGAGAACAAAAGCAACCGCAGUGUGCAAAAGUUUAGGGGAUAAUUUUCUUUUUGAUCUAUAUUCAAAAAUUAAAGACCCUGGAUCAUUUUUCUCAAUAAUAAUGGACGAAACAACGGAUAUUUCCGUUAAAAAACAAUGUGCUUUCACUGUCAUCUAUUUUGAUAAUAUUGAUAAUAAACCAAAAACUAGAUUUUUUGAUUUAGUAGAACCACAAGGUUCAUCUGCUGUGGAACUUUUCACAGCAUUGAAAGAAUCUGUUGUGUCGAAAAAUAUUCCUUUUUCCAAUUUAGUAGGAUUCUCAUCGGAUACUACAAAUGCCAUGGUUGGUGAAUACAAUUCUGUGUUCUUUCAUUUAAAAGAAGAAUUGCCCAGCAUUGUAUGCAUAAGGUGCUCUUGUCAUAUGGCACAUCUGGCCACCUCCAAGGCAUGUCUCCAGCUUCCUAGGCGUGUAGAGGACUUAUUGCGAAACAUCGGGAGUCAUUUCAAUAGGAGCGCCUUACGAAGGUAA